CGUUUGUUGGGGCGUGUGUAUGUGUGUUUCGGGGGACUGAGGGGUACGCGGGGGCGAAACCGAACCGGCCAUGGCAGCAGCAGAGGAGGAGGACGGGGGCCCCGAAGGGCCAAACGGCGAGCGGGGCGGGGCGGGCGCGACCUUCGAAUGUAAUAUAUGUUUGGAGACCGCUCGGGAAGCUGUGGUCAGUGUGUGUGGCCACCUGUACUGUUGGCCCUGUCUGCAUCAGUGGCUGGAGACACGGCCAGAUCGGCAAGAGUGCCCAGUGUGUAAAGCCGGCAUCAGCAGAGAGAAGGUUGUCCCGCUCUAUGGUCGAGGGAGCCAGAAGCCCCAGGAUCCCAGACUGAAAACUCCACCCCGUCCCCAGGGCCAGCGACCGGCUCCAGAGAGCAGAGGGGGGUUCCAGCCGUUUGGUGAUACCGGAGGCUUUCACUUCUCAUUUGGUGUCGGUGCUUUCCCCUUCGGCUUUUUCACCACUGUCUUCAAUAUCCACGAGCCUUUCCGCCGGGGUGCAGGUGUGGAUCUGGGCCAGGGUCACCCCGCCUCCAGCUGGCAGGAUUCCCUCUUCCUGUUUCUCGCCAUCUUCUUCUUUUUCUGGCUGCUCAGUAUUUGAGCUGUGUCUCCUUCCUGCCCACCUCCAGCCAGAGGAGAAUCAGUAUUGGGGGUCUCUGCUGACCCUUCCUAACUUCUGGACCCCCGUCCCCUGUUUUCUUUGGAGGGCUAAGCCUGGCCGCUCCCCGGGAGGGCGUGGGGAGAAGGGUGACAGCUGUGUACCAGAGGAGACCCCAGUGCUCUGAACUGCUGCCGGGGACCCCAGCCGUGGCGAGGAGGGCUGACAGAAGGGAGUGUCUGUCUGUCCUCUCUCAUAAUCCUUCACUUUCCCUCAGAUUCCUGGAUUUGAUGUUGAAAGGUGGGCAAGGCUCCUUCUGACUCUCCCUGCUCUUCCUCUUGUUGAUUUAAUUUAAUUUUUCUCUCCCCAGUAUCUAAUAUGGGUUGUGAUUCUAAGUGUUCACCCCUCCUACUACCUCCUUUAUUACAAAUUCAAUAAAAAAGGUGAAAUGUA